AUGCAUCUAUUACAUAGCUCGGUUAUGAGACAGUUCCCCAUCCAGUCCAACCUAGAAAUAAGUGUCAAUUGCUCAGCAAGCGGCAUGGCCGACUCCCUUGGAAAGAUUUGCUACGUCUCUACAAAGACGUCUCCACAAAGACCUAAGGAGCGUGGCAAGUGGGCAACCAAAAGCGAGUUCAUCCUGUCAGUGGCUGGUGCAAUUAUCGGACUUGGGAAUGUUUGGAGGUUUCCUUAUUUAUGCUACAAGAACGGCGGUGGAGCAUUCUUCAUUCCAUAUGUCCUGUUUCUUGGUACCUGCGGUAUCCCUCUAUUUGUCCUGGAGACGGCUCUGGGCCAGUACACCAGUCAAGGGGGAAUCAUGUGCUGGAGGAGGAUCUGCCCCUUGUUUCAAGGCAUUGGAUACGCCGGCCAGCUCAUCCUUUUCUAUGGAUGCAUCAGCUACAUGGUCAUUUUAGCCUGGGCGUUUCUCUACUUGUUCUCUUCUUUUUCCAGAGUGAUGCCAUGGGCAACAUGUGAUAAUACAUGGAACACAGACUCUUGCGUCGUAUUGAGCAACUAUAGUGCCAAUUGGACUUCCAAUAUGAACGUAUCAUCAUCCGUUGUGGAGUUUUGGCAACGCCGCGUGCUAAACAUAUCUCCUGGCAUUGAGGUCCUGGGAAAGAUCCAAUGGGAGCUUUCUUUGUGCCUUCUUCUUGCUUGGAUCAUCUGCUACUUUUGUGUCUGGAAGGGGGUGCGAUCCACCGGGAAGGCUACCUACUUCACAGCAACCUUUCCCUUCGUCAUGUUAGUGGUGUUGUUUGUCAGAGGAAUGAGCCUUCCCGGCGCCCUGCAUGGCAUCAAGUACUACUUGUACCCCAAUCCCGCACGGCUCGCUGAUCCACAGGUUUGGAUGGAUGCUGGAACCCAGAUAUUCUAUUCCUACGCCAUAUGCUUGGGAUGUCUAACCACACUUGGGAGCUACAACAAGUACAACAACAAUUGUUACAGAGACUCCUUCUUUCUUUGCUUGCUGAAUAGCGGGACCAGCUUUGUUAGUGGCUUUGCUAUUUUCUCAGUUCUGGGCUACAUGUCCCAAAAACAAGGUGUGGACAUCACCUUGGUAGCUGAGUCAGGUCCAGGCCUUGUCUUCAUCGUGUACCCACAAGCGGUGAGCCUCCUGCCAUGGCCUCAAGUGUGGUCUGUGUGUUUUUUCACCAUGAUCAUCCUGUUGGGAAUCGACGGUCAGUUUGCUGGACUUGAAAGCAUCAUGACCUCUAUCACGGAUAUGUACCCUUCCCAGAUCCAAAAAGGAUACCGGAGAGAGCUUAUUUUAUUGUUUAUCUGUUUUUUUUCCUAUCUCUUCGGCAACCUUUUGGUGUGUCAGGCCGGCUCAUACAUUCUGCAGAUUUUUGAUCACUACGUCUGCAGUGGUCCUACUCUUCUUUUGAUGGCAGUGUUCCAGUCAGUGGUUAUUGGAUGGAUUUAUGGUGCUGAGCGCUUCAGCGACAACAUUGAGGAUAUGAUCGGAUACAAACCUCUGCCGCUGAUUAAGUACUGCUGGCUCUACGUGACACCUGUGAUAUGCAGCGGAACACUUGUGUUCUUGUUGCUGAAAUACACACCGCUCAAGUUCAACAACGCCUAUGUGUAUCCUUGGUGGGCCUAUUGGUUUGGCUGGUUCCUUGCUUUGUCUUCGCUAUUUUUGAUCCCCUUCGCCAUGAUCUGCAGAGUGGCCAAAGGAAAAGGGAGUCUCUGGCAGCGUCUGAAGACAAGUACCCAGUGUGCAGAUGAUCUCCCAAUGAUGGCGAAGGAAAUGGCGACACUCCGCAUUGCACUGAACGCACAUGAUGAUGGCAAAAACAGUAAUAUUCGGUAAAAUAGCAUUGAACGACAUUCUACAUACAUAUAUACUGUACAUACAGUAUAUAUGUACUAGAUCAGGCUGCUUACUAAAAAUUACAUGACCUAUUAGUAUCCAUUCUAUGCAGUAUUGAGUAGACAGAAAACUCAAAUUUGGAAAGUUGGUUAUUUUUUUCUUUUUUACAAAUUAGUCUAUUGAAAGUGUUCUUAUUACGCUACAGCACAGUAAAUAUCUGUCCAAUUCGCGGUUUGGCAUUCGCAG